UUAUGAGCUGGGCAACAGCAGCCAGCAGGACAUUUGAUUGGUAGAUAGGAUAUCUGACACAAUCAAAAUUUAAUGAGUUGCCCGUCUCACAUGAGAGGCAUCCGCAACCAGUGGAAGCAGAGGAACGUCAUGACAACGCGGGAGCAUAUCAAACCAUUGCUACAACAAACCCUGGAAUCAUACAAAAGAGAGCAGCUAGUUGUAUAGAUCCUUUGGUUUAACAUAACUCUGAUAUAAAUUGAAGUCGGCCGUCAACUGUUCAGCUCAGUCAGACCCGGCAACUCGACCCACGACAACUUAAUCUCUUCUUUAUCCAAUUAUAGCCUUUGAAAAAUGACUGGCGGCCAGCACUUUGUCGGUAAAUACCAAAUGAUCAGCCAGGACAACCUGGACGACUAUCUCAAAGCCAUAGGCGUCAACGUUCCAAUGAGGAACAUGGCAACUAGUGUCAAAGCUCACAUCGAAUGUACCAUCACCGACGACGUGUGGAACUUGACGAUUCACAUGGGCGCCCGUGACGUCACCAUCAAAUUCAAAUUGGGCGUCGAGCAGGACAUGCACACUCCCGACGGUCGCCAAAUCAAGGCGACGUACAAUUUGGAAGGAGAUAAAUUGAUUGCUCACGAGAUUUGGGGUGACAAAGAAGCCACCGUCGUUCACGAAGUCAACGGAGAAGAUUGGACAGCGACAAUGACUUGCGGUGACGUCUGCUGCGUCCGUCGCUUCAAGCGUGAAUAAUCAUCCGCACCCACCGGCGUCGACUUGGAGAAAAAAUUGUUGUUUUAGCGCCAAUUUUGAUCAUUCACGCGGCAGCACACCUAUAUGCUUUGAUUGUUUCUCUGUGUGUUUAAUUUGAUGUAUUACUCAUCUCUGUCUCUCUAGUCGUAUAAAAUACACGUAUUGAUUCACCCAA